AUGCGGACUGCUUUGAAUGGCAUACUCGCCGCAGCGCAGGUCAUCGCCACCUGUUUCAUGGCUUGGAAGGCCCUUUCACUUUGGGCCGGUACGCCUUACCCGGUGAUGAUAGUGACUACCGAGUCUAUGGUUCCCGCGUUUGCCCCAGGAGACAUCUUAUUGAUCUCCAACCACCAUCAAAAUGUCCACAUAGGCGAUCUGCCUGUAUGCUGGUUACCUCAUAGGGCGUUCCCAAUGGUUCAUAGGGUGCUUCGGGUGUCGUAUGAAGAGCAAAGCAAUCCAGAUUUGACCCAGCUCAUCUUGACAAAGGGAGACAAUAACCUCAUCGAUGAUACGUUAUUGUAUCCUGAUGGCCAGGAUUACUUGCUCCGAAGCCAAAUCAUCGGGUUUGUCAGAGGUUACAUACCCUUCAUUGGAUGGUUCGUAAUCGUCCUACAAGAUUUCACACGCCUUCGGGAGGUCGCUGCCACGUUAUGUCGGGUUAUUGGCUUUACCAUUUGA